AUGGAUGGGGAAGAAGUUUGGGAUGGAGAAGAAGUUUGGAAUGGAGAAGAAUCUACUAAGUAUGGAGAAGAAAUUAAGGAAGAAAAAAAUGAAGUUAAGGAAGCAGAAGAAGUUAAGGAGGAUGGAGAAGAAGUUAAGGAAGGAGAAAAAGUUAAGAAUGAAGAACAAGAAGGAGAAGAAGUUAAGGAAGAAGAAGAAGUUUUGGAUGGAGAAGAAGUUAAGGGUAAAGAAGAAAGUAUGGAUGGGGAAGAAGUUUGGGAUGGAGAAGAAGCUAAGGAGGGAGAAAUGAUUAUGGAUGGAGAAGAAGAUAAGGAAGGAGAAGAAAUUAGCGAUGACAAAGAAAGUAAGGAUGGAGAAGAAGUUAUGGACGGAGAAGAUAUUAAGGAAGAAGGAGAAGAAAUUAAGGAAGGAGAAGAAGUUAGGGUAGGAGAAGAAGUUUGGGAUGGAGAAGAAGUUAAGAAUGGAGAAGAAGUUUGGGAUGGAGGAGAAGUUUGGAAUGGAGGAGAAGAAUCGAAGUAUGGAGAAGAAGAAGUUUAG